AUGGCUCGUUCAAACAACCAUACCAAAGACACUAGAACUUUCGACGAGCGCCUUAACGGUCCGCUUGCGCCCCAAAAAGGUCAUCAGCAAAAUCCGAAGCGACUCAGCAGUGCGCGAAAUGGUCAGACUCCACACAACAUAGGCAAGGCGAAGACCCAGGUCUUAGCGGAUAGUACCAAUGUUACCAAACCUCAAAGUUCUCGGCGCACCGAGCCCAAAAGUGGUCUACCAACAAGUACUCCCACUGGUCCCCGCGGAAUGCGCACCAACAAUGAUCAAGGCCGUCGCCACAACAAGCACAAGACCAACGAGCAAACGAAUCAGCCUCCGGCGAGAGGCCGUCAUGCCAGAGACGAUGAGAGCCCGACCCAUGCCUCGACCACAGGCCGUCAUGCCAAGAACGAUGAGAAAUCGGGUCAAUCGCCCAUCACUGGUCGUCAUGAGAAGGUCGUCAAAGAAGAUCGUUCAGGUCGUGGUGGCUCUCCCAAUGCACGACAGCGCCAUCGUGACAAAAAGCCCGAUGGUCACGCCAGCUCCAGCUCGUUCGACAGUGGCAGUGCUCCGUCGAUCUCUGAUACCUCCAACAGCCAGCAAUCCAAGUUUCGCAUAUCCGGUCAGCAGCACGGCGAUCGCAAGCCAGGCAAGUCGCACAAUAACUCCGAAGGCAAUACGACAAUUACCACUCCCCAGCCCUACGCGGGUGGCCACAACAUCGACGCCAGUCGCUAUGCGCAAUCAGCUUCAAUCCCAAAUGCUGGUCAACCAGUGGUCGUUCAAUCUCCCUGCCUCAUCACGAACGAUUACUUGGCUUACCUGUUCCAAAUCCAUUUUCAGCAUCGAUAUCAACAUUUGAUCAUUGAUGAGACCAAGAGGUUUACCAGCUUGGUCCUCGACAUCAACGCCUUCUUCAAGCAACCGUACUACCUACCUGGAGGUUUAGGAUGUGCGUUGAUGUCUGGAGAGAACGAAGACAGCACGCAGAAGUCACUCGGCGAAUACCUUGCAGCGUUCAUGAACACGGUGGGCUUUGUCAUUCUGACAGAAGGACAACGAUUCGCCUGGAGAAUGGCAGACGAGUUGACGCGCUACCAGUGGGCGAACGAUGCAGCUCAGCGAUACAGCCCACUCGUUGACGGCGUCAACGGAACUGGCAGAGAACGAGCAGUGGUGUGGAACCGACGCCAAGAACAUGACCAGCAACUCGAUGCGAUCGCCCGAGCUAAUUCGAAUGGAACCUUGUGCCGAUACUAUGAUGCCGAGGACGGAUGCAAGCCACCGAAAGGGAGAUCAUGUGCAUUCUAUCAUCCCGUAUCAUAUGAUAAGAGGACAUACGAGGAGUAUGGGGCUUCGCUGGCAGCAAAACGAGACGACGAUGCCAAAUGGCAGGCUCUCGGCAAGUUUGAGCAGCUCAAGCGAUCGUGCCUUCGAGGCAUCAAAGCCCUGAUGCAGAAUAACAAGCUCGAUUUCCACGGCCUGUUCAGCGAGGACGGGCACACGAUCUCUGAUGAGAAGGAGUAUGAGGAACUCAUGAACGCUCUGCCCUUGGCUCCGGACGGUGAAGACAAGAAGUUUUAUCAGUGUGUCAUUGACUCGUGCGUACCAGAGUCGAAGAUGAAGGAACGAAAGAUGAAGAUGGAAAAGAUGAAGGAGGCCAAGUUGCAGGAGGCCAAGUUGCAGGAGGCCAAGUUGCAGGAGGCCAAGUUGCAGGAGGCAAAGAUGAAGGAGCAAAAGUUGAAGGAGGAAAUGAUGGAGAAAAAAGCCGCGGUCCUCGCCAAUCGCAAGAGAAACUGCAAGUCCGGCGAUGCCAAAGUGACCAGUAAGGUCAGCCCGAAGUCCUCUCCAUCUGGGGAGAAAGCCUUGGUCGAGAAGGUCUCUGAUGCAACUAGCAAGAAGCGCAAGCAAGACUCCGGCGACGAAUCGCCCAGCGACGAGCCUGCUGCGGAGCAACCGAGUAAGAAGCGCAAGCAAGAGGUCGGUGAUGAUACUAUCGGCGACGAGCUGCUCGCGAAGCAAUCAUGA